AUGCAUCGCACUUCGUGGAAUUGGGAUCGAACCCUCGAGAUCGCCGGCCAGCGCGCCGCGGCCACGUUCAAGGUCAAUUGGCAUCUGGGCCUGACUGCCUUUGGUGGUCCUCCUGUGCACUUUAAGAUAUUUCAUGACAAGUUUGUCAAGCGGCUGAAAUGGAUUGACGAGCAAAUGUACCAGGAGCUCUUCAGCGUCUCCCAGGCGCUCUCAGGACCGGCCAGCACCAAGAUGCUCUACUGUAUUAAUCUCUUGCAGAACGGCCUUUUCGGUGCGGUUGUCGCGUUUGUCCUCUGGAGUCUGCCGGGCGCACUGGGCAUGUACGGCCUCUCCGUUGGUGUCGCCAGCAUCGGUGACACUCUGCCGCGUGCCGUCUACGCCCUGCUGUCUGGUCUCAACGCUGCCACGGUGGGCAUUAUUGCCCUGGCCGCCGUCGAGCUGUCACAAAAGGCCAUCACCGACCCGCUGACGCGCAUCCUCGUCUUCCUCAGCGCCUCGGCGGGCAUGAUGUACAACGCCCUGUGGUACUUCCCCACACUCAUGGCCGCUGCUGGCUGUGCGGCCAUCAUCCACGACUACCGAUGGUUGCACCGGCCCGUGAGGAAGGUCAAGCACACGCUGGAAGCCUGUUUCGGACGAAAGAAGGAACCCGCAGGCCCUCAAGCUCAGGAGAACGGCGAUGCUGGGACCGAGCUGCGGCGGCUGCCCCGGCCGUCCGGCUCUGUGAAGGAGCCGGCCGCUGUUGACGGCCAAUCAUCCCCUUCGCUACAUUCCCGAGCUGGCCCUUCACAGACAGGCCAGGGAUCUUCUUCGGAGGCAGAUGCUCGGUCCACAGCAGAGUCCGAGGAACCCCGUGUCGUUGCGCAGGAAUACCGCCUCAACUUCUCCUGGAAGGCGGGCACGGCUGUGAUUGCAACCUUCUUCGCAACAUUCCUCGUCGUCAUGGUCAUUCGCGGUGUGGUCACCGAGCGGCCCAUUCUCUACAAUCUCUUUGCUAAUCUCUACCUUGCCGGCACAAUCAUCUUCGGCGGCGGUCCUGUCGUCAUCCCCCUGCUUCGCGAAUACAUCGUGGCCGAGGGCUGGGUUAGUCCUCGCGACUUCCUUAUCGGUCUUGCCAUCGCCCAGUCGUUUCCCGGUCCCAACUUCAACUUUGCCGUCUUCCUCGGCGGUCUCACCGCGGCCAACGCCGGCCACUCGGCAGCUGUGGGGGCCCUCAUCGCCUUUGUCGGCAUCUUCACGCCGGGCAUGGUUCUCGUGCACGGAACCAUGGGUGUAUGGGGUGUGCUCCGGAGUCGACCCUGGGUCAAGGCAGUGGUCAGAGGGAUCAAUGCGGCGGCCGUCGGUCUCAUCUACACCGCCGUCUAUCGGAUCUAUCUAGUCGGAUACAUCGAUGAGGGAUUCCAGUCGGGGAGGAGCCUCGGGGACGAUCCAUGGUGGGUUGUUGUGACGGCAACGGCGUUUGUCGGCGGAAGAUACUUUGGCGUUGCGGCGCCGUUUGCUAUCCUUCUGGGUGCGAUCAUGGGUCUCGUGCGAUACGGCGUUGUGAGCUGA